CCGCUCUUUUAUCAACGCUCGUGAUCUGUGGGACUCUGCUAUCCACACAACAACUUCAACAUCUGUGACUGUGUGUCGAAGAGUCUUUGAUGAACAUGUUGAUCUCUCCAUUUUUCUUGGCCAUUUGUUGUUCCAUGUCGUAGAUGGCCGUCGUGGCUUUGAUGGCGUCAGCCUUCAGUUGCUCGAGAUAGCAGAGUUGCUCGUCCACAGGCUUAGCAGAGAGAGCUUGAAGUCGGUCGCGAUGGUCGUAUUUGACCACGCCAGGUAGCUGCUCCUCAGCUGCUUGCAGCUCUUUCCAAGCUCUGCACAGGCUGGCAAGUGCCUUGACGGUGGAAGGGACGGGCAUCUUUGCAGAAUUCAUCAUGCACAAUCCUGA